AUGCACCGCGCAAAUUACGCAAGUAUCUGGAAGCGCGGCGUGUGUCUGGCAGGUGAGAAAGCUUCCGUCGGUCCAGCAGGACACUGCCACACCCCGCGCAGCCCCCCGGCGCCCGGCCGCGCGCGCGCCGUAAGGAUGCGUCGCCAGCCAGUGUCGGAGGCCGCACGCACCAAACGAAUGACAGGCGGUGCAUCGAGCAGCUGUGUCGCGUGUCUCACCUACGUCCGGCAGUCGCCUAUGAGACGCCGAGCCGAGCGCGGCGCGCACUCCGCGACGCCUUCGAGGCCGGCACAGCUGCCGCGCGAAGCUGUUGACAACACCACGUAUGCAGGCGCGGUGGUUGGACCCCCCUCGCUCGCCCCGCCCUACCGACAGGCUUCUGCCGCUCCUGCGGCUGUGGCUCCUGUGUCCGACAAUGUGACUCCGCCGACAGUUGUCGUGCCCCCGGUUGUGUCGGAACAAAGUUUACCUGCCGAACGCACCCCUCGCGAGGUCAGUAUUGCUGAUUUGCCAGCCGUCAGUGUUCCGGACGUGCACGUUGGGGAGUCUUCUGAAAUGUUGGUCGAGUCCCCCCGGCCGAUUUCCGUCCCCGCCCCGCCGACAGACAAGCGGAAAUUGCAGUCACAACCGGGCCUGUCCACUUCUGGCGAGGCGGAUGCUAGCAGCGCCGAAAGUGAGGUGUCCCAAGUUUCCACCCAGUCCGCCCCUGCCGAUCCAAAACCGAAGCGUAGGAGGUCUGAGAAACGUUCGAAAACGGCGCCCACUGAGGGCGACGGCGUUUCCUUCGAACAGGCCGUUGAGGGACUAACGGAUUCCUUGGUCCAAGGGCGUCGCGACGCACCUUUCGUGCACGGUCCACCUGUGUCGGUGCCUGCCACCCCCGCUUCCCGGGCCGUCCCGGACGCCGCACCUCCUCCUUCGGACACCAUGCAGUGGUCUGAGGAUGUGGAGGAAGAUCAUUUUUUCUAG